AUGGAGGAGAACCCCGGAGACCAGCGGAGCUCACGUGUGGGCCGUCUCCCCCGUUGGCAGUGCCCACUACCGAGUUCCAACUAUUUAAUAAACCAGGCCUCAGCCCACUUUCUUUCCGCAGUCAACACUCUUCAUUCCUCACGCUACCAACACCACGUUUUUUCGCUUAACUCGCGGCACCACCCGUUCAACGGCCGACGCACUUCCAACCGUGGAGGGGCAUCGGAUUACGCAUUAUACUUGCAGUAG